CGUCGCGGGGGGAGCGGCUCACAGUCCGUCUGCCCAGCGACGGAGCGCACAGAUGGGGUGGCUCAGCCUGCCGGCCUGCCUGCGCUGCGGCCAGAAAGAGGAAUUCACAUUGUCCACUGAGAAAAUCGCUGACAAAGAUGAGGAGAAUACCGAGCGGGGCAACUGGUCGAACAAAACGGACUAUCUGCUGUCUAUGGUUGGCUACGCCGUGGGUCUGGGCAACGUAUGGCGGUUUCCCUACCUGACCUAUCAGAAUGGUGGAGGGGCCUUCCUGAUACCCUACACCAUCAUGCUGGCUUUGGCUGGGCUGCCGUUGUUCUUCAUGGAAUGCUCUCUUGGGCAGUUUGCCAGCUUGGGACCCAUUUCCAUCUGGAGGAUUCUACCCCUUUUACAAGGAGUGGGAAUCACGAUGGUGCUGAUUUCGACAUUUGUGACCAUUUACUACAACGUCAUCAUCAGCUACAGUCUCUACUAUUUAUUUGCUUCCUUCCGAAGUAAGCUUCCUUGGGAAGAAUGUGAUAAAGAAUGGUCUGACGCUUUAUGCAGCAAGAUUCCAAUUGUGCUUGCAUGCAAUGUGACAGAGGACGACGGCACCGUUAUCCAUGCCAAUUACUCUUGGGUCCAAAGCCAGAACCUCACCUGCCUUAAUGAAACCUCAGUGUUCGCAAACACACAAGUUCCCAGUGAACAAUAUUGGAACAAAGUAGCCCUGCGACGAUCAUCUGGCUUAGAUGAAACGGGGGAGAUAGUGUGGUACUUGGCCCUCUGCCUUCUCCUUUCCUGGCUGAUCGUGGGAGCAGCUUUGUUCAAAGGCAUCAAGUCUUCAGGCAAGGUUGUCUACUUCACAGCACUCUUCCCCUAUGUUAUCCUUCUUGUGCUUUUGGUACGAGGUGCUACGCUGGAAGGUGCCCAGGAGGGCAUUGAGUAUUAUAUUGGAAGGCAGUCCAAUUUCACCAAGCUUAUGGAGGCAGAGGUCUGGAAGGAUGCAGCUACUCAGAUCUUCUUUUCUCUGUCUGUUGCUUGGGGAGGUUUGGUUGCCCUCUCAUCGUACAACAAGUUCCACAACAACUGCUACUCCGAUGCCAUCUUUGUCUGCGUGACCAAUUGCCUCACCAGUGUCUUUGCCGGGUUUGCCAUUUUCUCCAUCUUGGGGCACAUGGCAUUCAUGGCCGACAAGAAAGUCUCAGAAGUUGUAGACUCAGGGUUUGAUUUGGCAUUUGUUGCCUAUCCAGAGGCUCUUUCCAAGUUGCCGGUUGCUCCUCUCUGGUCCUUUUUGUUCUUCUUCAUGCUUCUGCUCUUGGGCCUUGACUCCCAGUUUGCUACAGUAGAAACUGUCACGACAACCAUCCAUGACCUGUACCCCCAGCUGAUGAAGAAGAUGAGGAUCCCAGUGACUCUGGGCUUGUGCUUCCUGCUCUUCCUGCUCGGGCUUGUGUGCGUCACACAGGCAGGAAUCUACUGGGUCAACUUAGUGGAUCAUUUCUGUGCCGGUUGGGGAAUCCUUUUCGCAGCUGUCCUCGAGCUAGUGGGAAUCUGCUGGAUUUAUGGAGGAAACCGAUUUAUCCAAGAUGUAGAAAUGAUGAUCGGGAAGAAAAGUUUCUGGUUCUGGCUGUGGUGGAAGUCAUGCUGGUUUGUCAUCACCCCUUUUCUCCUGCUGGCAAUUUUGAUCUGGUCUUUGGUCACCUUUACCCCUCCUAUGUACGGCUCAAUACAAUACCCCAGCUGGGGAUCUGCCGUUGGCUGGUGCAUGAUUAUCUUCUGUCUCAUCUGGAUUCCCAUUGUUGCAGUUUACAAGAUAAUAAAAGCGAAAGGAAGCCUGUGGCAGCGUAUCAUCACCUGUUGCAAGCCAACGGCCACCUGGGGGCCUGCCCUGGCAUGCCAUCGUGGAGAAAGGUACAGCCACAUGAUCGAUCCUGUCAAGGAGAAAGAUAUCGAGAUUCCAACCGUAGAUGCCUACAUACACAGGACAGAAUGAAGAGAUGUCAGGGUAUGAGUGCUAACCUUCAAAGACCCCAACACUACGACUUUGAACGAUGGAAGUGGAAGCCAUACUAUUUAUUCAGAGGCCUUGUACAUUCUAUUACAGAGCAACGGAUAAAUCGGCAGAGCUUGGAGACUGGUUCUUCAGGCCUGCUUAUGCCAGCCUGCAUGUCUGAAGAGUGUGCUGAGGUCACAAGCAAAAACCUGUCCUCUCAAACAGUGCUUAAACUGGGCCCAUGCUGUGCGUGGAGAAAGAGUGGGGUGGGUAUCCAGAGCUUGUGACUCAAGCAUAGUUCUAGAUUCCAGAAGUGUUCAAGCUCAGUCCAUGUUGGGACUGUAUCUAGUGCCCCACCACACCAAAGCCCUUGCACGGCAUGAGUUUGCAUCAGUCCUGUUGGCAUCUGCACCCUCUGCCUGACAAACAGGGGCCACAUUCUUAUCCUACCUCUGAGGGGCAUUAUGUCGGCAAAUGCACUGUGUGACAAUUAGCAACCAUGUUAAUUGCCUAUAGCUGCAAUCUUGUGCACACUUACCUUGAAGUAAGCACCAUUGAACUUAGUGGGAAUUACUUCUGAGUCAACACGUUGCUGUUUCUAGAGCUCGGUGUACAAACACACGUCCAAGCAGUUCGGGUCUGUGUACCAAAGAAAGAUGAUUAUGUGCAUAAUUUCAUCUGAUUCUACAUAAUUUAUUAAUUAAUUUGAUUUUGCAUAGCUUAUUCUCGUUUUGCUGUAUUGGGAACUGCCGGCCUCGAAGCUCCACCCUCUAGCUGCUCAGAAUCUUAUUCACCCACUUCUUCAGCUUCUGAGCUUUCAGCAAUAAUUGCUCACACUCAAGCAUAAGGUCCAGAAACUUUUUUUUAAAUGGAGAUUUUCAGCCAAAUCCCGCACCCAGUUCCACGUUCUGCACUUUUUCUGUGUUCUUGCAGAAUUGCAAGAUACACGCAACUGCGGAUAUUCCAGAGGGCUGAGUGUGGCUGGCUGGCCAGCCAAGCCAAGGUGAUAUCCGCUGUGUUUUGUUCUUGCAGUCUACUGAUGGUACAUCUCAGAAGUGAGAUGGUGAUGAUGAUGUUCUUGCAGUGCAGGGUUUCUUUCCACAUCUGGAUCACUGUUCCAUUUUCUGUGUGUCUGUGGGAGUAAUUUUUUUCUUCAGAACAUUACAUGUACUGCCUAGUUUCCUCUCAAUUUACCAUGCUUAAAAACCCUUCAGCCAACAUCACCACCACUUUCCAUCACUAGUCAUAUUUUAUGAACUUGCAGUUCUCUGUUUGGUCUCUUGCAGAGGCAAGAAAAAUAAUUGUGUCAGAAAGGUAACCAAUGAGCUAGUGAACUGAAGCAUCAAAUUUGACCCAUGUGGUCUGAAAGAAUACAGUCUUGGGUCUUACAAGAAGAACAAGCACCUCUCUCUUGCCCACUGAGGUGACCCCUGAUAAAAUGGAGGUAGGAUAACUUCUUCUCUCCAGUGGAGCUCCAACAAGAUCCUAAAGAGCUUUUGCAAACGCUCUGUGCCCUGUAUAUCUGACUAUAGAAGGAUGUGCGGUAAAAUUCUCACGACUUGGCAGGAUGUGACAGAACACCACCUUGCCAAAUUGUUUCAUCACACAUGGCACUGUAUUGAAUCACCACUCAGUCUGUGUCCAUCCCACCUCUCUUUUGCAAUUUUCUGUCACGAAGGCUGGAGUCCCAGAAGUCUAAUUUUCUCAGAUUAGCACUUUGAUUGUGUGUGGAAGGGAAGUUUCAUGAACUAUUUUCUGCCUCUCAAUUUCUGUUGUUGUUGUUUUUUUGCACACAUUGUGGCAGGCAUGGCAGAGGCUGAUCUCCAUCAUGGGUGGGUGGCCUGUGGAAAUGGGAGAGGAUGGUGCUGGUUUUCCUACGUUCCUUUUUAUACUGGGAAAAUUAUUUUUGUUUGUUUGUUAAUUUAACACGUUACUGUCUUAAAUCAAUAAAAUAUAGAAUUUUUAA